CUGCGUGUUUCUACACGGAGCGAAAACGCGAACGUAGCGUUGAAGUGUGCCGCCAAUUCAGCUACCGAAUGUUGAUUAAAACAUUUACGCAACAUUUCAGCUGUAAGCGCGGGCAAUAAAAAUAGAAACAGAACAAACAGUGUUGUAACAUAUUAUGGUGAUGUAAACAAACGUCCUGAAAAUAUCUGUUUAGAUGUAUUUGCCGCUAUAAUGCGUCGCUACAGGACUGAGAGUAAACCGGAGCCUUGGAUCGAGCAGCUGAUUGAAAACUACGGCGAAGAGCAACGAGAAAUCAGCGUCAGAGCUCAUGUAGUCGGGGUGAGUGACUUGACCGAGUCUCAGCGCACGGAUGAGAGCGAUGCCUGCAUGCUGUUCCUGUCCGAUGGGACUGUGUUUAUUCCCGCGGUGCUCAGCGCAGGCGCCUGGGAGCGCAUGCAGGAGUUAGAGGAGAGAGACACAUUUUCAGGUUUAGACAACACGACAGUGUCAGUGCGAAACUUCCAGCUGCAGUUUCACAUGGACCCGGAGCUGACAACCUGUCAGUUUUAUCUCAUUGUUCAUCACAUUGUCACCGUGGGUCGAGUCACUCAGCAUCACCGGCCUCCGAGCUGUACGACGCUUCUGUCAGUCAAACAACAAAUCCUGAGGACGUGGCGAUCCCUGGUGAAGGAGAGUUCAGAAUCUACUAUGAGCUCCCAGUCAGGAUUGCCACUUUCCUGUCUGCUGGGGGCGUGGUACAACGACCUCAUCACGGACCUCCUGAAUGAUGCAAUCCAGAAAAUAACCGCACCCACCGUGGGUCACCUGGGGAUGGCCACACAUACUCGCUGGCACAGAGACAGACUUCGCUGCAGGGGUGAGGAGAGUUUCAGCACUCCUGUGUCUCAUCUCCUGAUCCCACAGGAGCAAAAGGAGAUGUUGACAGCUGAUCCCGGUGUGUCGAACAAAACUUGGAGCGGACUGGGGCCUCCUCACGUAGGAGAAACCUUGAAGCGGCCAGUCAUGUUGCAGGACGAGGGCGGAGAUCUGCCUGCCAUGGCUUCGGAUAGGCUGGAACAUGGGCAUCAGCUUACUCUGAACAACACAAGACCGGCUUUUUCUCUUCCUGGUCUCUCAGACGUCUGGUGUGUUAAAGAUGGGGAAGGAGAAGAAGAAAGAGAAGAAGGAGGAGGAGAGAACGGGCAGGAAGAGAGCCCCUGGGAUUUGUUCGGUCCUGCUGGUGACCUGCUAUUGAUUCCAUCAUUAUCUUCAGAGAGCAGCGUGGAUUUACUCUUGCAACAAGGCAGUCGCUCGCUGCUCACCAACAGUGGCUCGGCCAAGGAGUCCACGAUCAUCAGUCAACCAUUUCAUAGACCAGGACCAUCAUGUGACCUGACAACCACAGACCUGCAUCAGGAGCCACAAAUACCAAGUCCAUUAACAUUAACUGAACACAUUGCAGCCACAUGUUUGAAAGAACAAUCCCCAACAGGCAAUCCCCAAAAAAUAUCCCCCCAUGUGUCACACACUCCAACUGCCAAAAAAAGCCGGGUUCAUUCAGACGGCAGCAGUUUCGCAUACACGUAUGAACCUUGUCCGAAAGUGGCCUCGGCUCUGAGUCAGUUUAAGGUCCCAGAGCAGCUGGUGCAGUGGGCGGCGGCUUACCUGGGGACUCCUCGGCAUGAUCUUAUUGUCAGCAGUGGAGUGGAGCUGAGAAAGGUUGCAAUAAUGAAAUAAUUUUCAUUAAUAUUUUCUGUAUGUUGUUUACAAAAUAAUGUGUGUAUUGUAAUGAGAUUAUUAAAUAUAUAUUUUAAAUGAUUGUCAUUAUUGAUAUGGUUGUUCACAAGUCUUACUAAAAAAAUUAUAUAAAAAAAAAGACAGUUUGUAGUAAUAAAGUGGUUUGCAUCAAUAAUAAAUAGAAUUACAUGACAAAGUAUUA